UGGACGAACACUUGUAUGAAAAAGGAGUUAAUUCAGCCAGACCUCCGAGGAAGAUCCCUUUCAAAAAGCCUGCUAAAUGAUGAGUUGGUUUCUCUUCAAGUGGCCUCCUAUCUUCGCUCUAAAAAAUUUAAUGUAGACUCUAUUAUGGUCAAAAAUUAUUUUGAACAAGAAAUCUUCCCCCUGUUGAACAUUGAAUCUGUGCAAGGUUUAUAUGCAAAUGGGCAUGAGCACCCUGACGUCGUCGAAUACCACCAAACUUUUCUCCUGAAGGAACAUGUAUGGGUAACACACGAUGAAACUAUCUUUUAUGUUUAUGAUCGACUGCAUUCUGUAUGGGGCCCAGAGGGAGAACAGCUAUUGAGAAAAAAAGGGCUGGGUGCUGCCGUAUACAUAAGUGACUUCUUAACAGAAACUAUAGGAUCGCUUAAAGAUGAUCAGAAAGAAGCACGUGUAAUGAUGAUUUUGGAUGCUAACUGCGAUGGUUAUUGGGACUCUGAAAAACUUUUUGAGCAAGUAAAACGGGCGGUUAAUAUUUUUGAGCGAACAUAUCUGGGAUGUGUAGGUGUAUUUGCCUUUGACAAUGCUACAUCUUAUAAAGCAUUUUCUGAGAAUUCACUUGUGGCUUCAAAAAUGAAUCUUGGUCUGGGUGGUUUGGCUCCAAAAAUGUGUGAAACUAUGUGA